AUGGAUUUAGACUCUUUUAAUUGGAACAGUGCGUCACAGCGCAAAUCAUCAAAACAACAAUCCUCGAUAAUGCCAGAAGGCGGGUGCAGACAGCGUUCUGUGGCAGAACGGCAAGGCUCCCUACGCUGCAACAAGCGAUUAUCAAGAGAUGAAAUUGCAGCGCGCCAAGUCGUUACACGAGAGUUACCAAAAUUUAACGGUAAUCCGGAGGAUUGGCCGAUGUUUUUGUCAACAUAUGAAAAUACCACUGUGAUGUGUGGCUACACUGAGGCAGAAAAUAUGAUCCGAUUAAGAACCAGCCUUAAAGGUGACGCUUAUAACGCCGUUCGAAGUUUUCUACUGCGACCCGAGACAGUAAAAAAGGCAAUGGAUGCAUUGAAAUUGCGUUUUGGUAGACCAGAAGUCAUAAUCGAACACUUGAAGGAGAAAAUUGUGGCGAUGCCUAGCAUAAAGCCAGACGCGCUGGAAAAGCUCGUUGAAUUUGCACUCGAGGUGCAAAAUCUUUGCGCCACAAUUGAGGCUAAUGAUGAGGCCGAAUAUAUGUGGGAUACCACCCUAAUCAGAGAAUUCGUGAGUAAGUUGCCACCGCAAAUUAAACUCGAUUGGGCACGGUACAAAAGAAAGUUGCCGACGAUAAAGCUAGCUACUUUCAGUAGAUGGAUAUAUCGAUUAGCAGAAGAUGUGAAUGUAGUUUUCAGCUCUCAGAGUCGAGUAAGCAAACACCAGGAGUGUCGUGCAGGUCGUAAGGAACGGUAUAUGAACACUCAUUCAGAUAUAACAUCCCAAUAUGAAAACAAGCCCACACCGAUAGCACAGAGCAAUCCUUCGGUAGGCGUAUCAAAGAGUGAAGGAAAACCUUGCCCAGUUUGCAAAGGUACAUGCAGGAACCUUGGAAAAUGUCCACGAUUCCAGGAGCUGUCAUACGAAGCCAGAUGGACGACUGUUCGUGGCUUCAACUAUUGCCGGAAAUGCUUGCAGCAACACAAGGGUGGCUGUAAUCCUGGAGUUUGCGGUAAAAACGGGUGCACCUUUAAACAUCAUGUUCUGCUUCAUAAGGAUUUGAUUGUUUCCGCAAGUACGAGUAGCGGUGUGGUAAAUCGCAAUGAGGAACGCAAUAUUCACACACAUCAGUCUUGUACCACUCCGGGAUCGUUCCGUUACCUGCCAGUAACUUUGUUCGGGAAUGGAAAGCAGGUGCAAUGCCAUGCAUUUUUAGAUGAUGGAUCGGAACUGACGCUCAUAGAUCAAGAUCUAGCCAGAGAAUUAAAAGUAGGUGGAGAUAUUCGCCCACUUUGUCCUAAAUGGACGGGAGGUACGCACCGUUACGAGUCUGACUCUCAAAGUGUUAACGUUGAGGUGUGUGGGCGCGAAGGUAAGAGGUGGUUUCUUCAGGAUGUACGAACGGUAGCGGAAUUACAAUUACCUUAUCAAUCUUUGAACAUGGAUGAACUGUGCGCAAAAUAUAAAUAUUUGCAAGGAAUACCCGUUGAUUCUUAUUCAGACGUUCGUCCACGAAUAUUGAUUGGCCUGAGGCACGCUAAUCUCAUGUUAGUACGCAAAAGUCGAGAGGGAAAAAUCGGUGACCCAAUCGCUGUUAAAACCAAUCUUGGCUGGACGGUGUAUGGUGGUUGGACAACGGAGAACGCAUCAAAUAUAGUUAGUCACUCUUACCACAUUUGCACUUGUACUGGGGAUAACGUGCGAGAUUUAAAUCAAACAGUGAAAGAUUAUUUUUCUUUGGACAGUUUGGUUGUCAAACCGAGUCAGACCAGAUUGUCGAAAAACGAUGAACGCGCGAUGCUUCUCCUCGAAUCCCGUACCCGCUUUGAUGGACAACAUUAUGAAACCGGAUUGUUGUGGUGCUCUGAUAAGACCCGUCUACCGGAUAAUAAACCAGUUGCAGUCCGGCGUUUGAAAUGUCUUGAGAAGAGAAUGGAAAAGGAUGAAGAGUUGGCUAACAUUAUGAGAAACAAGAUUGCGGAGUACAUGUCGAAAAAUUAUAUUCGUAAACUGUCGCAACAGGAACUCUCAGAAAAAUACGAGCGCGUUUGGUAUUUGCCAAUUUUUCCGGUUUACAACGUGAACAAGCCAGGAAAAGUAAGAAUGGUAUGGGAUGCAGCUGCUGAGGCCUACGGAACAUCUUUGAACUCAGUGCUUCUUACUGGACCCGACCAGCUGGCUUCUUUGGUGGGCAUUCUCUAUCAGUUUCGGGAGCACCAAAUAGGAAUUUGUGCCGAUAUCCGCGAAAUGUUCCACCAGGUGAAAAUUGUUCCUGAAGACCAACACUGCCAGCGUUUUUUAUGGCGCGAUCACGCCAGUCAGAGCGAGCCGGAUACCUACAUCAUGCAGGUGAUGACUUUCGGAGCAUGCUGUUCACCAGCCACGGCGCAAUUCGUGAAGAAUAAAAACGCCGACCGAUUUGCUGAAGAAUAUCCAGAAGCAGUUGCCGUCAUCAAGAAUAAUCAUUAUGUGGACGACAUGGUUGUGAGCGUGGAAACGGAAGAUGAAGCAGUCAGCCUAGCGGAAGCGGUUCAGUUUAUUCACAAGCAGGGCGGAUUUGAAAUCCGCAAUUGGGUGUCAAACUCACCGCUAGUGCUUACGAAGAUGAAUGAAAGGGCAUCAACAGAAAAGGAUUUAAUUAUUCCUGGAGAGCUGGCGAGUCAAAAGAUCCUUGGAAUGUGGUGGGAUACGUAUGAUGAUGUUUUUAAGUAUAAAAUAGGCUGGACGAGGUUCGAUCAACCCCUACUAAAUGGAAGCCGUUGUCCCACUAAAAGGGAGAUUCUACGGACAUUAAUGUCGAUUUACGACCCAGUUGGUCUCAUAGAUCAUUUCCUGAUUAUGUUGAAAAUUCUUCUCCAAGAAGUGUGGCGCGCUGGUGUCCAGUGGGAUGGAAAGAUUCCAGCAAACUUGUUCGACAGAUGGCGUAAUUGGCUACGUUUACUUCCAACAUUAGAACAGCUGCGUAUUCCUAGACGCUAUCAGCAAGUACUACCAUUACGGAAAGCUGAUGCUAUCGAUUUGCACGUAUUCGUUGAUGCUAGUGAAAACGCCAUGUCAGCAGUCGUGUUCUUGCGGUUUGUGAUAGAUACAAAAGUAGACUGUUCUCUGGUUGCGGCCAAGACUCGCGUUGCUCCGCUCAAAUACAUCUCCAUCCCACGUUUGGAACUUGAAGCGGCAGUUUAUGGUUGCAGAUUAGCGAAAACUGUUUUACAAAAUCUUUCGCUGGAGGUGUCGAAGCGGACGUUCUGGACGGACUCUCGAAAUGUUUUAUGUUGGUUGCGGUCUGAUCACAAAAGAUACAGCGCUUAUGUUGGAUCGCGUGUGAGUGAAUUGUUAGAAUCAACAGAUAUUUGUGAAUGGAGAUGGGUACCGAGCAAGCUCAAUGUAGCGGACGACGGAACAAGAUGGCGAGACCAGCCUGACUUAUCAUCUACAAGCAGGUGGUUUAAAGGAGCUGAAUUUUUAACGCAAGAAGAAGGAACAUGGCCGUGUCUACCGUUAAAGUCUAUUUCGACAGAAGCAGAGAUGAGAUCCAAUGUGUUGUUUCAUUGCCACGCGUCUGAGCAGAUAAUCAACAUAAGCAGGUUUUCUAACUGGCGAUGUCUGUUGGGGGCCACCGCAUAUGUCAUCCGAUUUUGUUCAAAACUUCUUCGUCGUGUCAGCAAAGAUUUUCCAGUUUCUGGGCCAUUAUCGCGUGAAGAGUUACGAAGAGCCGAGGAAUAUCAUUACCGCCAAGCUCAGCAAGACUCAUAUCAAGACGAAGUUGCAACGUUGAGAGCGGCAAGCACAACAACCAAGCAAAUUUCAAAGUCUAGUGCCUUGUACAAACUAAGCCCAUUCAUAGAUAACGUCGGUGUAAUGAGGAUGAAGGGCAGAACAGGUGUAUGUGCCUAUCUUCACAGUGAUGCGAAAAACCCAGUGAUUUUACCGCCAAACCAUCAAAUUACAUCGCUGCUGUUAAUUUACUACCACGAGAAAUAA